AUGGGUAUCACCGCCAAGUUCGUUCUUCUCUGCUUUUUCGGCAUUUUCUGCCUCACGACAGCUGUGGGUUCAUUCGAAAACUUCCCUGAGAAGGGUAUUCUGCAGGAUGGCCGGUCCUCCAAGUACGACUGGCCCCCGCCUUCCGGUUCCGUUGAGAAGCGGUUCGCCAGAGCCGCCAUCACAACCGACAACGCUGCGUGCUCGGAUAUCGGCGGGUAGGAGCAUUUCCCGAUAUAGUCAAUCCUUCCCGAUUUGAAUGGGGCUGCUAGGCAAGGGGAAAGCGUUGCGUGUGCGACACGACGUUUGCCGGGGAUCUUGAAAUCAAACACGAUCUCUUUUUCGAUACUUUCACAAUACAUUGUAAUUCUUUAUGGGUUUGAAAAGAUUCAAUUGCACGAAUAAAUAUGUAAAAAAAGAUAUUAAACUAAAUUUUUCUACAUUUUUUGCAUGAUUCACCUCGAGUUUUCCGCCGAUACCCUCGUCGCAACGCUUCACCCUUGCCAAUCAACCCAUCUAGCCUUUCAAGUCGUUAAAAAUUAACUAUACUUAUUUGAACUUUAAAAAAAAGCUGCCCGCAGUUUUUCAAGUGAAACAGAUCGUUAGUUUCGCGAGUAAGGAUUUUUUCACUUUUUUUCGAAGUUGAAUGAGAAAUGUUGAUGAAGGUUUAAAGUACGCAAGUUCGCCGUAAAUACGUACUGAAGCUGUAAUGAGUAUAUCCGACAGGAAAGUGCUGAAAAAAGGAGGAAAUGCGAUCGACGCCGCGAUUGCUGCUAUGUUUUGUAUCGGCGUGGUAAAUCCACAGUCGUCUGGACUUGGCGGCGGCUUCCUCCUCACCUUCUACAGCAAGUAACCUUGGUUCGGCUGCGGAGAAAUUUGAGAUGAUUCUAAGAAACCGUGGUCAGUGCAUGUCGAUCGACGCCCGCGAGUCUGCUCCUGCAGCCGCGUCGCGCAACAUGUUCAUCAACGACACCGAUGCUUCUAAAUACGGUCGGUGGCUCCAACUUGCUUUCUGAAAAAAAACGUUUACAAAUUUUGUUUUAAUUUUUGUUUUCCAGGAUUUACGGCGGCUGGUGUCCCAGGAGAACUGGCCGGCUACUGGCAUGCCUACAAGCGUUAUGGAUCCGGUUUGUUUGUGGUUUUUUUUCCUCAUGUUCUCUUUUUCAGGGAAAGUCGAAUGGAAAGAGUUGGUUUUACCAUCCGUGAAGUUGGCAAGGUACGGACACCCAGUGUCUGAGUAUUUGGACUACGUGAUGCGAGUCAAGGAGCGUCACUUCCGACUUUUCCCGAGCGUCCGGUGAGUUCCACCACAGUUUUAUGAUUCAGUCGGUCCAUUUUCAGCCACUGGAUUAACCCUGCGACAAACCAAACCUACAAGGAGGGCGAGAUACUACGAAGGCCGACGCUGGCCAGAACUCUGGAAAGGAUCGCGCACUCUUCAGAUCCAGUGCAGCUCUUCUACCAUGGCGAAAUGGCGCGGGUAAUGGCCGACGAGUUCAAGGAGGGAGGUGAGCAAAGCAUUGACGGAACCGUUCUACGAAAACCAUUCAGGAGGCUUCAUCACCGAGAAGGACUUUGCCAGCUACAAGGUCCGGGAGCACACCGACCUCGUGGCCAACUCCCACUUCCGCGACAGCCUGACCAUGUGCGGAGGGCCCCCGCCGUCCUCCUUCGCCGUCACUCAGCUGAUCGUCUCCGUCAUGAGCAGUGAGUCCUUUUCAAUGCAAUCAAAGAAACUUAGACUGCCCAUAUUUCAAAUAGAAUGGACCGUGAACACAAACCAAACGAAAUACUUUUCUUUCAAGCCAAGUCUCCUUCAAUAUUGGUUUCCCUCCUUUUUCCCCUUCUCCCCACGAUCCUUACCACAACAUUUCUCUGCAGAGCUGUAUCCUGAAGGACAUAAACACAAUAUCUACGAUGAACCUCUUGUUCUCCACAAAUACAUCGAAGCGAUGAAGUUUGCAUACGCUCAGAGGUGAGACCAGAAACUUUUCGAGAACUUCGGAAGAGUUCAGAACGUUACUGGGAGACCACGACUUCGUGGACGACGCUCUCAGCCGGUCGCAGAACCUCACGGCGCCGGCCUACACCGACUGGGUCAUCAGAAGGAUGAAGGACCACGCUCAGCCGUCCAAGAAUUACGGCGGAAUCGCACAAUAUCAGGUCCCAGUUAUCGAUAUCCCGGGUCAUCUGCGGACUUUACAGACUCCUGACCAUGGCACUUCUCAUGUUUCGGUUCUCGACGAGUAUGGAAAUGGAGUCUCAGCCACCACCACCAUCAACCGAUGGUAGUCUACAUGUUUUGGAGAAGGCUCUACCUGUUCAGAAAAGGUUCGGGGCUGCAGUCGAGUCAAAAGCCUACGGGAUACUGUGGAAUGAUGAGAUGGACGACUUCAGUACCCCUGGGAUGGAAAAUGGGUCAGCUAAAGCAAAAAACUCCGAAACUAGUUAGAAGGACAGGUUCGGCUUUGCUCCCUCGGAGACCAACUUCAUUGAGCCGGGAAAAAGGCCGAUGAGCAGCAUGAGCCCGAUGAUUAUUUUCGAUCACCUCACGAAAAAUGUAUCAGUUCAAAAAUUAGAUUAGAUGUGGACUGUUUUUUUUUUUAGGUGAAAAUGGUGAUUGGAGGCUCUGGAGGAUCAAAAAUCAUUUCGGCGUUGGCAAAGGUGGGAUUCUCACGAAUUCGUAGCAAAUAGUGUAAAAUUACUUUCGAAUUUCUCAAAAAUAGAAGCGCAAGGCUUUAAAAAAAAUUUUUAAUCCGCUUUUUUUGUUCGAUUUCUGAAUCGGUAUGAUAAAAUGAAUAAUUUUUUUCUGAAAAAAACAAAAAAAUAUCCUAGUCGCCACAAUUGAGAAACUUAUUCGGCAGCGCUUUUAAAAUUUUUUAGUCGGCGUUUUCUGAAAAAAAAUACUAAAAUAUUCUGAAAUGUUUUCAAAAAAUCUUGAAUUUCGGUGCUUAGUCACGAUUGCAGGCGAUCGUGCGCACAUUGAUUUUCAAAGACUCUGUGAAAAACGCCAUCGAUGCGCCAAUGAUCCACAAUCAGUUCACGCCAGACAUCACGCAGCUCGAUGAUCAAUUCCCAAAGGUCAAUUCAGUUCGAGUCUCUGCUUAACAUAUCUGGUUCAGGAAGUGAAAGCGAUCCUUGAGAACCAAUUCUCGCAAAAGUUCCGAAACACGACAGGCUUCGAAGGAAUCAUUCAAGGAAUUGAGACCAGGUUCAUUUUAAGAAUGAAAACAGGAGGAAGGCGGGAUUUUGUUGCAGGGAAGAUGGGAUCCAUGCUUGCGGAGACUACCGCCGUCGAACCGACCAGGUGCCUUCUGGAUUCUGA